CAGAAAGGAUCAAGUAUGUCAUUUUUGCAGAAGGCACCAAAUUCUUCGUUGAAAGUACCAAACAGUGCACUCAAUCGGUUGACGUUGGAACCACAUACACGAAUGCCUACCACAGUACAGCAUGCAUCAAUGACUGCACCAUCAUCGUCUGCUUCUCAUCAUCAUGCAGUUACUGGAAGCAGUGGUUCACAUGCCGGUACACAGGUUUCCUCACAUCAUGGAGCACAUCCAAGUUCAAGCUCUCAUCACAACACCAGUGGAUUUCAUGGUACUCAUCGAUCUUCGAAUUUGAAUGCGAUUCGUAUGCAAGGCAGGUCGCGAACAACUGAUGAUCCACGUAUUGGAAAGUAUAAAUUGCUCAAAACGAUAGGCAAAGGAAACUUUGCUAAAGUAAAGUUGGCCAAGCAUAUCCCUACGGGUAUCGAAGUUGCAAUUAAAAUUAUUGAUAAAUUUGCUCUGAAUCCAAGCAGCCUGCACAAAUUAUUCCGUGAAGUGAAAAUAAUGAAACAAUUGGAUCAUCCAAAUAUCGUAAAACUUUAUCAAGUGAUAGAGACAGAUAAUACACUAUAUCUCGUAAUGGAAUAUGCAAGUGGUGGAGAGGUGUUUGAUUAUUUGGUAGCUCACGGUAGAAUGAAAGAAAAGGAAGCGAGAGCGAAAUUUCGACAGAUUGUAUCAGCUGUGCAAUAUUUGCAUCAGAAAAAUAUUAUCCACAGGGAUUUGAAGGCGGAAAAUUUGCUGCUUGAUUCUGAUAUGAACAUCAAAAUUGCUGAUUUUGGAUUUAGCAAUCAGUUUGUGAUAGGUAACAAGUUGGAUACAUUUUGUGGCAGUCCUCCUUAUGCAGCUCCUGAAUUAUUUCAAGGGAAGAAAUACGAUGGCCCUGAAGUAGAUGUUUGGAGUUUAGGAGUCAUUUUAUAUACUCUCGUUUCCGGUAGUUUGCCUUUCGAUGGACAAAAUUUAAAAGAUUUACGGGAAAGAGUAUUAAGAGGCAAAUAUCGAAUACCAUUUUAUAUGUCCACUGACUGUGAAAAUCUUCUAAAAAGAUUUCUCGUACUAAAUCCUGCCCGUCGUGGAACACUGGAAGCAAUAAUGAAAGAUCGGUGGAUGAAUAUAGGCUAUGAUGACGAACUGAAACCAUAUGUUGAGCCAACAAAAGAUGUAAAAGAUGAGAAUCGAAUAGCUAUUAUUCAGCAAAUGGGUUACAGUCGAAGUGCAAUAAUUUCAUCAUUAGAUAAAGGCAGUUUCGAUGAUCUUCAUGCUAUCUACAUUUUAUUGGGCGAUAAAAAACGAGAGCCUGAUGCAGAUUCCAUUCUCAGUGCUCAGGUAAAUCCUACGUCAGUUCAAAACGUAGCCCAUGGGAUAAGUCAAGUUCAGAAUUCUCAUACUCAGCCAUCCAAUUCAGCCGGUUUUGUCAUGACUCAAAAGUUUGUACCCAGGUCAACAUCAGCUCAAGUACAGUCGACUAAGGCUCCAAGACGUAACUCGCAGGAGCAAGCAAGUACAUCUAUAGUAAAUCCAAUUGCACCAAGUGCUCAACUUCCAGCAGCGCUAGUGCCGUCCGAAAUUCAUGUUACAGCAUCACCUGGAACGCAGCGUGUUAUCCCAGGUAUAGGUGUGACUCCAGUAACAAUGCGGCAUGUUACUGGCCCACCAAGUGGUCGUCAAGCACUCAGCAUGCAAGCAGGCCAUAUUAUGGCUAAUUAUCCAGCAAAUGUAGUGCAAGGAGUUGGAAGUAGUGGACAAAAUAGUGGCGCUCCUGGUUUUAGAAAAACUUCUGUUCCUAGCAAAACGCCAUUAACUAAUUUGGGACCAAGAGGAAUUACAGCAACGGGAUCACGAUAUGUAUAUUCAACUGUUGAACCAAAAGCCUUACCUAAAAGCAGUAGUGGAUCUUGUUCUGCGCGCGGUGUUUCGCAUUCGUCAUUUCCUAGUUCAGGACAGCAAAAGAUCCCUUCGCUACGGAAAAGUGGGUCUAUUUCGACUGCUCCAAAUGAGCCAUCAAUAAAAGAAGAUGACAAUGAAAAUAUUGAACAAGUUGGUAGCAAUGAAGAAAUUGGUACCUCAGAGUCGACAGGUAUUGGUAGCGAAACUGUUACCGAUGAGAAUGUGGGAAUAACUCGUUCUGGUGUAGGAGAUGCUGUGGAUGAAGGUGCUUCAUCACUUUCGCGACAGCAAUCACCAGCUACUGAACAGACUGAAAGAAAAGAGGAAAAGCUGCAUCAAAGCGCUUCUGCUCAAGCAGUCAUCAAGAAUGUAACAAUUGAUGGAACAGCACAAUCUCCAGGUUUAGAAUCACAAAAUAGCAGUCCGAAAUUAACAAAAUCUGCAACUGGUACUGCUCUGGGCCCAAUUCCGCCUUUAUCAGCAACGUCAAUGUUGCCAACCACUGUUGUAUUGAAUACCCAUAACUUGGCAGCACAAUAUGCUGCUUUUCCUCGACAUACUCGUAAUAGACAAACGUUUCACGGAAAAACUGAGCAUAACAAGAGUGGUAUAGAUGAUGAUGUUGAGUCAGAAGUAGUGCAUGGUGGUGGUAAUACUUCAGGAAAUGGUGGUCCACGUGGGUCUUUCUUAUCAAAGUUAUCUAAACUUACUCGCCGUGGUUCAUCUGCUGUGCAGAAGUCAUCAUUACCUUCACCAUCAUCAAGCCUUCAUCAUCAUUAUCAGUAUCAUCAAAUUUAUCCAUACCAUGCUCAUGCCUCAUUAUCUGUUCAUGGUACUCGUGAAAAUGGCUUGUCUAAUAAUUGUGCUUUACCCUCAUCACAGUUGCGUUGCUUUUCUGGUCAGAAUACUUUAUCUGCAAGCAAUAAUCAACAGCACAUGUUCCCACUUCUUUUGUCACCCGUUGCUUCGAAACAGCAGGUAGCUCAUCGGCAUUCACAUUUUGAUGGUACUGCUGGUAUCACUUGCAACAACACUACUACUGCAAAUAUGCAACAAAUAAGUACUAAGCUAAGUCUACCAGUACGGCCGUUUUCGGUUCAUUUGGGUAGUGAUAGUAUUUCUGGUGCGUCACAAAGUUGCGAGAAGGUUUUACCACUUGGCUAUCAAUAUGAUUCAUUUCGUGUCAAACCAUCUUCUCGAGGUUUGAAUUAUUGUAAUCCCAUAUCGUCUACACGUUAUCAUCUUCAAGGAGAUUAUUGUGCAAAUAAUCCUGCUGUUGUCCAACCAUCUAUUCAUUUUGAUACUACUGAUACUUUGCGAUCAUCGAAUGAUUCGAUGCAUUCAUUCAGUGCAUCGAUGGCGUCAUCAAAUAGUGGUACUGGAAGUAGUAUUACGGGAGGAAACCAUUACCAUAACUUAAAUACGGGUAAUAGUGUGCAAUUGCCAUCAACAAAAUAUUGUGCAUAUAGUAAUGGGCAUUCAAAUUGUACAUCAUCAUCUCUACAUCAUCAAUCAUCACGCAGGUCACCAAUUAUGGGCAUCGCUGAAGGAUCAGUACUGAGUACUACGACAGCGCCAAAUUCUGGAAACGCAGUUGUUGAAUCAGUUGCACAUAGUGGUAGAAGUAGUACAAUCGGACCAACAACUGGAGGCUUGGGAGGCUUUAAACGAAUAAAUCCUAGUCAACAGCAGCAGCAUCAUGGUCAAUUCACUGUAACACCAAAUGCAUCAUUAGGUACUGGGUGUGAAAUAUCAAAUGGAGAUGAAGUUAAGCCACGAUCGUUGCGAUUUACGUGGAGCAUGAAAACUACCAGUUCUUUACCACCUGAUGAAAUGAUGAAAGAAAUUCGAAAAGUUUUGGAUUUGAAUAAUUGCGAUUACGAACAACGUGAAAGAUAUUUAUUAUUAUGUGUGCAUGGUGAUCCUAAUACAGAUUCACUUGUGCAAUGGGAGAUGGAAGUUUGCAAAUUGCCUAGAUUAAGUCUUAAUGGUGUUCGUUUUAAACGCAUUUCGGGAACAUCAAUUGGUUUCAAAAACAUUGCAUCGAAAAUAGCGCUGGAAUUAAAUCUAUGA